AUGUCGUCGCACCGCCUAUUCCGCUUCCCAAAGCCGGCUUGGUUGAACAGCGCCAACACCCGGACCGCAGGCGUCUACGCAGCCGGAGCUCUGUUCUCCCUCGGUUUCUUUCUCCUGAUCGAUGUCGCCUCCUGGUCCCGCUCCCCCAUGAACCCCUCCGACCCAGCCGUGCAUGUAACCUUUGUGGAUUGGAUCCCCGGCAUCUGCUCGGCGCUGGGGAUGCUGGUCAUCAACUCGAUUGAUAAGUCGCGCUUGUCCGCUGACUCCUUUUCGUACUCCGGAAAUGGAGUUGCGUGGAAGGCGCGAUUGGUGUUGUUCUUGGGCUUUGCGCUUCUGGCGGGUGGACUGGCUGGAAGUGUGGUAGUCUUAGUGCUCAAGUACAUCGUGGCCGAGUAUGUGUGGCCGACUAUCUGGAUGGGCGUGGGGAAUGUCAUUGCGAAUGGUUUGGUUAUGCUAAGCUCUGCAGUGCUUUGGGUCGCUCAAAACAUGGAAGAUGAGUAUACGUACAAUCUGGCACUUUAA